UACCUAACUAGGCUCUUUGACCGCCGCUUUUCUUUAGGGCCUGAUCAGUGUUGAGCAUGGCGCGUACCACAGUGGCAAUUUUGACCGUUUUGAUUUUUGCAGUUUUCUCAUAUCUAGUCCAAGCCGACCCAGAAUGUCCAGACAACGUGAAAGCGAACCCUAACAAUUCCACCCUCCGUGUAUUCGGUGGCAGCUGCCUGGAGUUUGUUCCUAUAAGAACGUUUUGGGCUGACGCAAAGAAAGAUUGCGAGUCGCGGAGCGGUCGACUGGUAGAGAUCAAGUCUGCGGAAAUGCAGAAGUAUACAUAUACGACGGCCAAGAGUUUACCGUUUGUCAACCUGGGUGUGUGGAUUGGAAUUGAUGACACGGAAAAGGAAGGCACCUGGGUGUACAGUAGCUCAGGCCAACCUUUGUCCGGCUACUCUAACUGGGCCAUUGGUCAGCCUGCCUGUUAUCUGACCGGUAGUCUGGUCAGUCUGUGUAUAGAGGACUGCGGCCUGAUGGACAUGGAUGAGUAUGGACAAUGGAAUGACCAGUACUGCCACCUAGCCCACCUGGAAUACACAUAUGUCUGCGAGUACGUGCUUUCAGGUGCUGGAGCGACACAAGCUCCCAUGCCUUAAUCAGCACAACCAUCAACAGCACCCGCAGCCAACCCACCAGCGCCAUCGGUCUGAGAGAAAAAAACAGAUUAAAAUGUUCACUGGCUCGUGUAUAUUUUACGCUUUACAGUAUUCAUGAUAGCAUUAAACGUUUAUAAACAAC